GAUCACAUAUUUAAAUUAAAUCUGAAAUAAAUUGUAUAGUGAAACAAAAGGCAUGUAUUAAUAUUUUUAUGUGCUAAGGUAAUAUUUGAAAAAUACAAUUUUUAAUGAUAUAAUUUGUUUCUUGUGCAGAUUCUGCUUCAAAUUUAAAAAAUGGAGGACGUACAUGUUGAUAAAGAGUCUUCUCUUCAAGAAGGUAAUACAUUUCAUUUAAAUGAUAUUUUCUUAAUUCAAGUAUGAAGGUUCUCUAUUAAAUAAAUUCUAUUUAUAUUUUUAACUAUUUCUUAAGUUUUGAUACUCAGAAAUUAAAAUUAUUAUUGUAGAUUUCAAUGUUAACAAUAACGAAUAUUCUACAAGAGCAAAUAAUGUUUAUAACAUUAGCAAGAACUUUGCUUUUGAGAUUGGUAUGAAAUUUAAUUCUGAAGAAGAAUCAUACAAUGCAUAUAAUUCAUAUGCUCUGGCCAAAGGUUUCGGUGUUCGAAAAAGUUCAAAGACUUACAACAUAAAUAAAGAAGUAACAAGACGGUUAUUUCUUUGUUCUUGUGAAGGAAAAUCUGAUAAGCUAUCCCUUUUUCAAGAAAGGAAGCGACAAAGAUUAGAAUAUAGAUAUGGUUGUAUGGCUCGUAUAAAAUUUAAAAUUUCAAAUGGGAUAUGGGAAGUAUGUGAAUUCAAUGAUGUGCAUAGUCAUCCAAUGAUAGAAGAUAAUUUGAAGCAUUUCAUACAAUCGGGUCGUAAACUUACAAGUGCUACUAAAAGUAUUCUUGGUUCUAUGGUGGAUGCCGGUAUUCGUACAAAAAAAGUGGUUCGAUACCUUCAUAAUGAAGCUGGUGGAAUUGAAAAUGCGGGAUUUAUUGAACAAGAUGCUCAUAACUUUAUACAAGCACAUAAGAGGAAUAUGAUUAGUAGUGGAGAUGCUCAAACCAUGAUAAAUCAUUUUAUGCAUUUACAAUCAAAGGAUUCAAACUUCUUUUAUUCUUUUCAAGUUGAUGAAGAUGGCAGAUUGUGUAAUUUCUUUUGGAGAGAUAGUAUAUCUAAAUUGCACUAUGAAUGUUUUGGGGAUGUGAUGAUCUUUGACACUACUUAUCGUACAAAUAGAUAUGACAUGAUUUGUGCUCCAUUUGUUGGUGUGAAUAACCAUUGGAAAAAUACUUUCUUUGGAUGUGCAUUUUUAUGCAAUGAAACAAGUGGUUCUUUUGUUUGGCUUUUUCAAACAUUUUUGAAAGCAAUGGGAGGGAAAACACCAAAAACAAUCUUUACUGAUCAAGCUCCUGCCAUAGCUUUUGCUAUUAAGGAAGUUUUUCCUGGAACAUGUCAUAGAUUGUGUGAAUGGCACAUUGAUAGAAAUGCUCAAAAAAAUAUACCACAACUUUACUUUAAAUCAGAAUUUCGAUACUGCUUUGAUACUCUCUUGUGGAGGUGCAAUUCAGAAUCAGAAUUUGAGAUAGUAUGGAAAAAAAUGAUAGAUGAUUGGGAUUGUGCAAGUAAUACUUGGCUUCAAAAAUUGUAUGAUCUAAGAAAAAAAUGGUGUCCUGUAUUUAGCCGUUCUACUUUCUCAGCAGAUAUCAAAUCGACCCAAAUAAGUGAGAGCACAAAUAGAGUCUUCACUGAAAUGUCAUGCAAGACAAUGAGUAUAACGGAGUUUGUAAAGCAUUAUGAGCAACGAACAAUUGAAAUGCGUGAUAUUGAAGCUAUAGAGGAUUAUAAAUCUCGGGGUGAUCCUAAAAUUUUCAUUGAAGAUUGUGGGAUAUUAAAGCAUGCUGCUAAGGUGUACACAAGGAGAAUUUACACAAGAUUUCAACAUGAAUUUCUACAAGGGACAACCAAAAGAGUAAUCAAUAUUGAAACUGAAGGGAGUCUAACAAAAUAUACAAUUUUAAAGGGUGAAAGUGAGAAAACUGAAAUUGUCCAGUUCAAUGCUCUUGACAAUUCUAUUAUUUGUAGUUGUCAUAUGUUUGAAUCCAUGGGUUGGUUAUGUUGUCACGCACUUAAGGUUUUGUUCUUUGACUUGAAUUUUUCUUCUAUUCCUGAGAAAUACAUUUUGAAAAGAUGGUCUAAGAAUGCUAAGCAUGAGAAUGGAUUUGCGGAGUACACCAAAAAGAAGGGAACAACAAAAUCUUCUAUGGCAAUUCGUUUGAAUGGGUUAAUGAAAGAAUCAUUUAUUGUCAUGAUUUUAGCUGCAAAUGAUAUAGAUUCAGAAGAAAUUGCUAGAAGGUAUUUGUACCAAGCAAGAGUUGAGAUUACUAAGCAUCAAAGCGAAUUAUAUGGUGGAAAUUGUGACAAAAACAGACACAAAUUUGAUUCAUCUGUUGAUCCUUUUAUUGGGGCUAAGGAUCGAAUUUUGGAUUCAAUUAAGAAAAAAGGAAAGGGAAAUGGAUAUUCAAGAAUGAAGCCAAAAGGUGAGAAAAAAAAGAAAAAGACAUCACAGGUGACAUUCAAAAGCAAGGCAGGACAAAAACAUGAACAUGAAAAAACAAUGAAUUUUGACAUACAAUCAGACUCAAUGCAACAAAUACAACAUGAAUCUAUGGGAUUAAGUUUUGAGUUACAUGGAGAUUCGUCCAAUAUAUUUCCUCAAUUUUUGACUCAAAAUCUGAAUUCACAAUCUGAAGCUUGUAUGCAGAGUCAACAAUCAAACAAACAGAUAUUUGAAGAAAAUUCAAUUUGA